GUGGGAGCCUGUCCACCUGAUCAAACAUUCUGCACUCCCGGAAGUUGAGGGCUUCGGUUCCUAGGGGACGAUUUUCUGAACGGACUCGGGACUGGGGGAGAGUCCUUGUCUAUGAAAUGCAGUUAUCUCAGCAGCUGGACUUGUUUCCGGAGUGCAGGGUGACCCUUUUGUUGUUUAAGGAUGUGAAAAAUGCAGGAGACUUGAGAAAAAAGGCCAUGGAAGGAUGUAUUGAUGGUUCUCUGAUAAACCCCAGUGUGAUUGUCGAUCCAUUUCAGAUACUUGUGGCAGCGAACAAAGCCGUUCAUCUCCACAAACUGGGGAAAAUGAAGACAAGAACUCUGUCUACUGAGAUCAUCUUCAACCUCUCCCCAAACAAUAAUAUUUCAGAGGCUUUGAAGAAAUUUGGCAUCUCAGAAAGUAACACUUCAGUUCUGAUUGUUUACAUUGACGAUGGAAGCAAACAAGUGGACCAGGAACACCUCAUAUCUCAAGUGGAAGGCCAGCAGGUGCCUUUGGAAAGUCUUCCAGAAAUAACAAGGCUCUCAGAAGUCAAGAAGAUAUAUAAACUCUCAUCCCAAGAAGAGAGGAUUGGAACGUUGUUGGAUGGUAUCAUUUGUAGAAUGUCAACAAAGGAUGUUUUAUAAGAUGUUUAAAAUGUCAACAGAAGCCAGGCAGUGGUGGCGCACGCCUUUAAUCCCAGCACUUGGGAGGCAGAGGCAGGUGGAUUGAGGCCAGCCUGGUCUACAGAGUGAGUUCCAGGACAGCCAAGACUACACUGAGAAACCCUGUCUUGAAGAAAGAAAAAAAAAACAAAAAACAAAAAAAAUUUUUUUAAAUGUCAACAGAAAAUUGCACAGUUAACCACUAGCUUUUCUUUCCUGGUUAUAAAAUUAACAUAUCCAUCACAGGAAAAUGGAAGAAGAUGCCACUACCAGCCCCACUUUCUUGCUUCUUAAGUUCACCACUGUUACUGGUUUUGUCAUUGUCGUCUAGUCUUCUGCUUGCAUUUCAAGACAAUUCAUUUUUAUACAAUUGGAAUAAAAAGCACAAGCACCGAGA